AUGUUGCUGCAGCAUCCAAAUCAAGAUGUUUUUCGUUCUUACCAAGCUAGUAUUGAAAUGCAUCUGUAUACGUGUUUGAUUUUGAAAUUAGUUUCCAAAACAUCAAUACACAUACAUGGUUUGAGCGAUAUAUCUCUAGUUGACCCUCAUGUACAUUUGUUAAGAUAUACGAAUAGGAAGGAGAUAGACGGAUUUGUACUGAAUUGUGCUGCUGCGAUCAAACUUGCGCUUGCGCAUUAUCAACUAAAGCUUGUAACCAAACUGAGAUAUGCUUUUAAUGAAGUAAGAGUUUAA